AUGGCGUCGACCAGCUCUGCCACUGGCUUCGCUGGCAACUGCGAGGGCAACCGCGAGGGCAACUGUGAAAGCACUUCGAACAACGGUCCUGCUUUUGCACCCUUUGGUCGCAAUGUCGAGGAAGCCGUGAUGGCCAACUGGCCCAAGGCCCUCAAACUGGAAAUUGAUCCUGUUGUGCUCGGCCAAAUGUCGGGUAUGAUGAGCCAACAGCCCGAGGAGCUUGAAGUUCAGAUGCAGCAGGAGAUUGAGUCAAUCUCCGGAAUUGGCAAAUCCAACUCCCCAACCUCGAGCUUCCAUCUUGAUGCCACCUAUCUUUCGUCCGAGAUCCCCAGAAACAGCAACGAGUUGGGUUACAGCCAUGGCCACGGUUACGGCUAUGGCCAUGGCUAUGGCUGCGACGGAAUUCCCGAAAACGUUCCGCAAUUCGUCGAUCCUUCAUUGACUUUCACUACCGGCUACGAACCGGCAUCGAGCUAUUCUGUUGCCCCUAACCACCGUCUCUUCCCCUCACCCGGCGUAGACACAAUGGAUGCCCUUUGCAACGCCGAUAUUCUACGCCAUGGAGCUCAGUUUUCGGAGCCGUUCCUUUUUCCUGACAGCAUCGCUUACGAGCCCACGAACUGGGCUCAGCUGAGCCAAAUGGGCCCAAAUCACCUCCCCACGAUGGGUUGUGGCAUUCAUCGACUCAUGACUCCAGAUGCUAUCCUCUCUGAUGGAAUUAUGACCCCGGGACACUCCUGCAAGUCGACGCACGCCAAGAAUGGUGCCAUUCAUCAUUCCGGGGCCGCUAGUUCUCUCGUUUCCAAUGAGUUGAUCACGCCAACUAAAGCUCGCAAUUCAACUGUGAAGCCUCGUAACUCAACUCCUGCAACACCUUGCAGACAGACCCGUUCGAAGACCGGGAAGCAUUCUUUGGCUAAGACUCCUGAGUCUGUCAACUCCUAUGGAGGGGAAAGCUCUGGGUCCGAGGCGUUCUCUCCUGAUGCGACAACGUGCCGAAAUGGCAAUACCAAUGUGCCCCCCAAGGGACGAGGCGCCAAAGCACUGACUGCCAAGGAUAAACUCAUUGAGAUCGAGGCAGUGGAAGUCAUGGGCUUCGGGUUCAGUUAUGUCCGGAAGAUGCAAGACGAGGGCCGGUCCCCUCACCCGACUAUCUACAACUCUCUGGACGAGGCCAAGCAUGCGCAAUUCGACCACCUUCUUGCGAACGAGCACGACAGCACAAUUCCCACCACCGUGGCUCAAAAGAAGGUUCUGGUCGGCUUCCUUAUGGUUGCCAUGAAAGACCUUGAAGUUACCAACGAUGGCAAGAAGGCUACAAGCCCGUGGAAGAGGAAGGUUUACACCGACGAGCACAUCGAGCAGAGUGCCUGGGCGGCUCUGGUAAGUGACUUUUCUUUUCAUUUCCGUAUUACUAGGCACCCCUGGUUCUCACAUCAAUCUCUUCCUCUAGGAGGACAUGAUCCUAUCCCAACAGAGCGCCGACCCUUUCGUCGGAUCCGGCUACCCGAAGAGACGAUACGACACCUUCGGGGAGCGGUUCCUGUCGGUCCUUGCCUACCUCAAGACUUCUAA